CGGGCGCGCUCCGGCCGCGCUCGCUCCCUCCUCCCUCGGCAGCCGCGGCGGCAGCAGUAGAAGGCGGCGGCGGCAGCUGGGGAUCAGACAUGGCGGCGGAUCUGAACCUGGAGUGGAUCUGCUCUCUGCCCCGAUCCUGGACUUACGGGAUCACCAGGGGCGGCCGAGUCUUCUUCAUCAAUGAGGAGGCGAAGAGCACCACCUGGCUGCACCCAGUCACCGGCGAGGCCGUAGUCACCGGACACCGGCGGCAGAGCACAGAUUUGCCUACUGGCUGGGAAGAAGCAUAUACUUUUGAAGGUGCAAGAUACUAUAUAAACCAUAAUGAAAGGAAAGUGACCUGCAAACAUCCAGUCACAGGACAGCCAUCACAGGACAAUUGUAUUUUUGUAGUGAAUGAACAGACCGUUGCAACCAUGACGUCUGAAGAAAAAAAGGAACGACCCAUAAGUAUGAUAAAUGAAGCGUCUAACUAUAGCAUGACUUCAGAUUAUGCUUUGUAUCCAGUCAGCCCUGUAGGCAGAACAUCACGGGCUUCGAAAAAAGUUCAUAAUUUUGGAAAGAGAUCAAACUCAAUUAAAAGGAAUCCUAAUGCACCGGUGGUGAGACGAGGUUGGCUUUACAAACAGGACAGUACUGGCAUGAAGCUGUGGAAGAAACGAUGGUUUGUGCUUUCUGACCUUUGCCUCUUUUAUUAUAGAGAUGAAAAAGAAGAGGGUAUCCUGGGAAGCAUACUAUUGCCUAGUUUUCAGAUAGCUAUGCUUACAUCUGAGGAUCACAUUAAUCGAAAAUACGCUUUUAAGGCAGCCCAUCCAAACAUGCGGACCUAUUAUUUCUGCACUGAUACAGGGAAGGAAAUGGAAUUGUGGAUGAAAGCCAUGUUAGAUGCUGCUCUUGUACAGACAGAACCUGUGAAAAGAAUUACCUUUAAUUUCAGAGUGGACAACGUUACAUCUGACAAUGUACCAACUAAAGAAAUCAAUAAUAUUCCCAACCAUAGAGUGCUAAUUAAACCAGAGGUCCAAAACAACCACAGAAACAAAGAAAUAAGCAAAAUAGAAGAAAAAAAGGCAUUAGAAGCUGAAAAAUACGGAUUUCAGAAGGAUGGCCAAGAUAGACCUUUAACCAAAAUUAAUAGUGUAAAAUUGAAUUCCCUGCCGUCUGAAUAUGAGAGUGGGUCAACAUGCCCAGCUCAGACUGGACACUACCGGCCAGGCAAUGUGAAUAGUUCAGACAACAAAACAGUCAAUGUUAGCCUGGCAGAUCUUAGAGGUGGAAGUCACCCAAAUACAGGACCCGUACACACGGAUGCUGAUCGAGUCAUACAGAGAACCAAUUCAAUGCAGCAGUUGGAGCAGUGGAUUAAAAUCCAGAAAGGGAGGGGUCAUGAAGAAGAAACCAGGGGAGUAAUUUCUUACCAGACAUUACCAAGAAAUAUGCCAAGCCACCGAGCCCAGAUUGUGGCCCGCUACCCUGAAGGUUAUAGAACUCUCCCAAGAAACAGCAAGACCAGGCCUGAAAGUAUCUGCAGUGUAACCCCUUCCGCUCACGACAAGACAGUAGGGCCUGGGGCGGAGGAGAAACGGAGGUCGAUGAGAGAUGACACAAUGUGGCAGCUCUACGAGUGGCAGCAGCGUCAGUUCUAUAAUAAGCAGAGCACUCUCCCUCGACACAGUACUUUGAGUAGUCCAAAAACCAUGGUCAAUAUUUCGGACCAGACGAUGCACUCUAUUCCCACAUCACCUUCCCAUGGUUCAAUAGCUCCUUACCAGGGAUACUCCCCUCAGCGUACGUAUAGAUCAGAGGUGUCUUCACCAACUCAGAGAGGAGAUGUGACGAUAGACCGCAGACACAGAGCUCAUCACCCUAAGCAUGUCUAUGUGCCUGACAGAAGGUCAAUGCCAGCAAGCCUAACUUUUCAGUCUGUUAGUUCCCAGAGCCUCCAAGGCAAAACACCAGAGGAGCUUACGCUGCUGCUAAUAAAGCUGAGACGGCAGCAAGCUGAACUGAGUAGUAUCCGGGAGCAUACGUUAGCACAGCUCAUGCAGCUGAAACUUGAGGCCCACAGCCCAAAGAAUGAAAUUCUUUCACAUCAUCUUCAAAGGAACACCAUAUAUUUGGAUCAUCAGAUGAAAGAAAAUGAACCUGUCAACACCAUGGUUCACACAAUGAUUGAGAACUCGGCGCUAAGACCCCAACUGUACCAGCAAUUCUUAAGACAGAAGAACAAGAUAAGUUUAUAUUGUCUGUCGCAAGACGAAUGUAGAGGUACAUUAUACAAAUACAGACCUGAACAAGUGGAUAUCGAUGCCAAGUUAAGCCGAUUAUGUGAACAAGAUAAAGUGGUACAUGCUCUGGAAGAGAAACUUCAGCAGCUCCACAAGGAGAAAUACACGCUUGAGCAAGCUUUGCUAUCAGCCAGCCAAGAGAUAGAAAUGAAUGCAGAUAACCCAACAGCCAUUCAGACUGUGGUGUUACAGAGGGAUGAUUUACAGAAUGGACUGCUUAGUACAUGUCGAGAACUGUCUCGAGCUACUGCUGAACUGGAACGAGCAUGGAGAGAAUAUGAUAAGUUAGAAUACGAUGUAACCGUUACCAGGAACCAGAUGCAAGAACAACUAGAUCGACUUGGUGAGGUUCAGACUGAGCCAGCAGGAAUUCAACGUGCACAGAUUCAGAAAGAACUUUGGAGAAUUCAGGAUGUCAUGGAAGGGCUAAGUAAGCACAAACAGCAAAGAGGCACUACAGAAACAGGUAUGAUAGGGUCAAAGCCCUUCUCAACAGUCAAGUACAAAAAUGAGGAAGAGGAAGUAGCCCCACCUCGUCCUCCACUUCCUCGGUCCUAUGACUUUACAGAGCAGCCUCCCAUAAUCCCCCCUCUGCCCAGUGAUAGCAGCUCCUUGCUCUGUUAUAGCAGGGGCCCAGUGCAUCUGCCUGAAGAGAAGAAGAUUCACCAAGUUCAAGGAUAUCCAAGAAAUGGAUCUCACUGUGGUCCAGACUAUAGACUCUACAAGAGUGAACCAGAGUUAACAACAGUGGCAGAAGUCGAUGAGUCUAAUGGAGAAGAAAAAUCAGAACCUGUUUCAGAAAUAGAAUCUUCAGUUGUUAAAGGUUCCCACUUUCCUGUUGGAGUAGUCCCUCCAAGAACUAAAUCACCAACACCUGAAUCUUCGACAAUAGCCUCAUAUGUAACCUUAAGGAAAACUAAGAAGAUGAUGGAUCUAAGAACGGAACGACCAAGAAGUGCAGUAGAACAGCUCUGUUUGGCUGAAAGUGCUCGACCUAGGAUGACUGUAGAAGAGCAAAUGGAAAGAAUCAGGAGACAUCAACAAGCAUGCCUAAGGGAAAAGAAAAAAGGGUUAAAUGUUAUUGGUGCUUCAGACCAGUCACCCUUACAAAGCCCUUCAAAUUUAAGGGAUAAUUCACUCAGGAUUACCCAGAUUCGAAGGAGGGAUGACUUGUUAUCAGGUAGCAUUAAGGAACCGGACACUCUCAUUAGAGAAGAUGAUGUGAAGCCAAACCAUGAAAUUCCUGCAGCAGAGAUUGUCCGACUAAAAGAAGCUGAACCUCAAAAUACGGACUUUAGCGAAGAGGUCAGUAAAACUGAAAGUGUUAUUUAUGAAACACUUUUCAAACCUGAGCCAAAUGGAGUAAAGUCUGAGGAACUGAUGGAUAAAGAACAAAACAAGGAAAAAAUGCCUGAGGAUAUUUCAUACAGUCCCCAGGAUGCAACACCAAUCACAAAUCAUGAAUCAGAAGACCACCCUGAGGGAAAUACAAAGGACAAUGUUCAUGAACAGGAAGAAACUGUCAUUUCUUAUGAACUAACUCCUGAGGUUUCUAGAGGAAAUCAAACGGUGCCAGUGAAAAGUCUCCCCCAGUCUCCUGAGUCCCCGACUUCACCAGUGCCGUCUACUCAGCCGCAGCUCAUGGAAGGAUCGCAUUUCAUGUGUGUGUAGUCUCCGAAGAACUAUACUGACCUCUUUUGAAACCAUUCAAAGCUAAGGCCAUGGACCUUCGGCAAUGUGAGAAGAUAUUGUACAGUAUAUUUUAAAUCUAUGAAAUUCAUAGUUCUGAUGCUUUUGGCCACAGAGCAUCAUUUUAUCACUUCUGGAAAAUGUUUAUUCCAAAGCAGCUUUAAUGCCCAUAUGUAUACUUGGUAAUCUGAACGUUAUUAUUCUAUACACCAGCUUGCUGCUGUGAUUUCAGAGCACACAAGUAAAGGUGCUUUUUACUGUGCAGUCUACAGCUAGAGCUUACUUCGUUGCUGAUUUCCAGAUUUUGAUGUUUCUUAAGUCUAGGUGGGCUUAUAUUUCUUUUUACUUUUCAGUACGUAAAUUUAGUUAUUAUUUCCAAUGAAACAUGUUUCUUUUUUUUUUCUCCCCGUUUUGGCUACUGCAGUGCUUUGUUUCACACUUGAUUUGUAAAAAUUUUAUAUAUAUAUUUAAAAUGUGCCAUUUUAUUAUUGCUAAGUGAAGUAUGUCCCAUUUUCUGCUAUAAUUAUUUCUUAGAUUGCCACAUCAGCGGCUACUGCCACACUCUUGUCAGCUGAAACACAAAUGUUACACUUAGUUUUUCUUAAAAAAAAUUAAAAGUGUAGGUAUUUUGAAGUACUGGGCUUAUACUUCAUUGGAAUAGAUGUGUACAGCAAUAAGCAGGUUUUCAAAUUCAGUACUUAGUUUGUGUACAAAUGUAAUUAUGUUCAUUGUGUAUAUAUUAUACAAUGAGCACAUGUAAUGUAAGUAUUAAAGGCUACUUACUGUUGUUUAAAUGCAAAUUGUUCAUAUCUCAUUUCUUUUUUAUCAUGUUAAAAUAAAUGUUGAUGUUCUUAAA